GAGUUCCUUGUCACCCUAUCAAGGAACACGAAACAUCUCACCCGUGGCAUAACAAGUGAUGUCUGGACUUAUGUUUAGUUUUCAUCAAUUACAUUUAUUUAUAUAAUUAUCAUCGAUAUACCCCAAUGUUGAAGGAUCACAAUGGAGAUUUAUAUAUCAUGGGUAUCACUAAUUGUGAAAGUGAUAUUUCUCCAAACAGUAAACUCUCUAGAUGACAAUUAUGUCCACAUAAACUUAAAGUCUGGAGUGGUUAAAGGUUACAGUCCAUUUAUUUCCUUUCUUACCUCCCCUGUGACUAAUCCUGGAUCUCGAUGUGACAAACAAGUCGUACUUAAAAUAGACUUUUCGGGAAAAUACCAUGGAGCUAAGCUUUACUUAGAUUAUCUGGAACCUCCUCGAUUUUGGACCUUGGAUAUUUCUGAUUCCCCAACUGGAGAUGGGUAUGGUGGCGACCAUGGAACUACUAGUAACAUGGCAGAAACUCAGAUUCACAAUAAGCAAUUCAGGAUUUAUGGGAAUGAUCUUCCUGGUCAUAUGGAUGCUUCAUCAAACGGAGGCUUGUUAAUUCAUACUACAGAUAAUUUUGUUAAAAGAGGAUCUCGUGUAAAAUUGGAUAUUAGUGAUGAAAGAAUACAAUGGAAGUCUGGGAAAAUUAAAGAUUUUCUGGAAUCUAAAUUUCUGUUUACACUUAGUGGACAGGAUCCUUUGUAUGGAAUAAAGGACAACUUUCUAUAUGUUGGAUUAAAUCGAGUUGUGGCGGGAAAUUACAGAAAUGGUAGUGGGUUAUGUGAUGUCACAAUUUCCUUGUACUCUUUUCCAGGGAGAUCUAGACGUCCCUCACAAGGUAAUGCAUGUGAAAAAGGUACACACAAUUGUCAUAGGGAUGCUAUCUGUAUAAAUACGAGACGGCGUUAUCGAUGUCGUUGUAAGCCCGGUUACUAUGGAAAUGGAAAAUUAUGUUACGAAAUAGACGAAUGUAACUAUGAUAACGGGGGAUGUGUACAUUUCUGUCAAAACUCCAAAGGCAAUUAUACAUGUAGCUGCAAAGCAGGAUUUGAUCUGGACAAUGAUGGACACAAUUGUAUCGAUAAGAACGAAUGUUUACAAAACAAAGGCGGAUGCCAGCACCAAUGCCUCAACACAUUGGGAGGAUAUGAGUGCAAGUGCAAUGCUGGUUAUUCUUUGUCCAAGGACGGAAAAUCCUGCCAAUAUGGAACAUGGUGUGUUGAGAACUUAGGUUGUGACCAUCACUGUAGCUCGGGAUCAAGUCUUCAAUGCGCUUGCAGAACAGGGUAUACCCUGAUGAGUGACGGGAAACAGUGUCAACAAACUUGUGCUGUUGGAAAUGGAGGUUGUCAGCACAACUGCACCAAUUCUCCAUCUGGACCAGUCUGCAGCUGUGCUCCUAAAUACCUACUGAUGGAAAAUAAUAAGACAUGCAUAGCAUCCUGCGAUGUGAACAACGGCGGAUGCGAUAGAGAGUGUAUAGACACUCUGGAGGGACCAAAAUGUCAGUGUCCAACGGGCUUCCAUCUGCAUCAAGACGGGAAAACAUGUCUAGAUGAAGACGAAUGUGCCAUCAACAACGGGGGAUGUAGUCACAAGUGUUUAAAUACAGAGGGAAGCUUUGAAUGCGUUUGUCCAAAAGGUUUCAAAGUCCAGUAUAACCAACGAGUCUGCGUUGACAUCAAUGAAUGCGAACUCAACACAACAUGUGACCAUAAUUGUGUUAAUACACCUGGUAGCUUUUACUGCACCUGCAAGGAAGGAUACCAAAUUUACGGCUUUACACACUGUGCAGAUAAGAAUGAGUGUCUGGAUGAAAACGGAGGCUGCGAGCACUCUUGUCUCAAUACAGAAGGAAGCUUUCAGUGUUUCUGUGGGACUGGCUAUAAAAUACAUUCCAAUGGAAAAGAUUGCAUAGAGUGGAACAAAUGUUUGCCGUUUGAAGCCCCUGCGAAGACAGUGGCCACUUGUAGACAGUCGGGAGCAGAUCAAUACUGUUCUCUUCAAUGCCAAGCCAACACACAUCCGUCCGGUGUCCUGAAAAGUAGUACAUACUACUCAUGUGGCGCAAGCACACAGUUCCGAUGGUCUCAUCGUAUCAAAAAUAUUGACCUGCCUUUUUGUUCUGCAAAUACACAUGCUCCAUCCGUAACCAAAACAAUAAGAUUCGUAUUUGUGGCCACUAGAUGUCGGGUCAAGAAACGCCUUCGACAAGAAGUCAAACAAAACAUUACCACCCAACUUAACACACUGAAGAAAUUCAAAUGCAGAAAUUCGUGCAAAAUAAACUACGUCCAAAUAGAUUGCAAGAACAUUCCAAAGAAAUUCCGAAGACUAGCAAGAGACAUCUCUAAAACAGUAAUAGCUGGGAAAAUGGAAUUAGAAGUGGAACCUUUUGCCAUAACUAAAAAAUGUGAUAUUCCGUGUACAACUAAAAGGACAGAAAGACGCCUAAAGAAAGCCUAUAAAACACUCAGAAAAAUGACCAACAAGGCACAGCUUUUCUUUAGAUAUGAUAAACAAGAUGUAUCUUUCGCUAAAAGAUCACUGAAAACGAAGAAGGUAUACGGCUAUAAAUGUCCUACUGGCAGUGUAAUGGGAGAACAAGCAUGCGUGGAUUGCAGCACGGGAUCGUUUUACAACAGAAGUAGCAAUUUAUGUGAGUUGUGUCAUCCAGGAACCUACCAGGACUCUGAAGGAAAGACAACCUGCAAGAACUGUCCACUCAGCCAGACCGGGGGAGGUAUAAUUGGUGCCAAGAGUACAACUGAAUGUUCAGUUCUUUGUGGACCUGGAACAUAUUCAUCAAAUGGCCAAAAUCCUUGCAAGAAAUGUCCUCGGGGUAAAUACCAAACAGGGUACGGAAGAAGCAGUUGUGUUCACUGUGGUAUUGGCUUAACAACAUUACAGGAGGGUGGGUCAUCUUUCCUAGACUGCAGUACGAAAGUUACUUGUGCUGUUGGGAAUUUCUUUGAUGUUCGAAGACACCAGUGUCUGCCUUGUCCUGUAGGCACCUAUCAGCCAAUUGCUGGACUCAACUUCUGUCACGCAUGCCCAGUCAGUACCUCUACAGACUUCGUUGGGUCUACAAACCAGUCCGAUUGCAAAAAUCAAAAAUGUGGCGGACAGAUAGGGAAGUUACAGGGGUACAUUGAGAGUCCAAACUUUCCGGGAGACUAUCCAAACAGUAUCCAGUGUACCUGGAAAAUCAAGCCUGGAAAGAAACGACGUAUUCUUGUGAUCAUUCCGGAAAUAUUCCUGCCAAAAGAAGAUCAGUGUGGAGAUAAACUGGUCAUGCGUAAAUCCAGUAAACCAUCAUCUCUUACAACUUAUGAAGUUUGCGAAACUACAGAGAAGCCAAGAGCUUUUACCUCUCGAAGUAGAAGAUUAUGGGUCCAGUUUAAGUCUGACUCUAAAAACACUGCUGGGGGAUUCUCCAUUCCAUUCGUAACCUAUAACGAGGAUUACCAACCUUUAAUUGAAGAUAUUGUAAGAGAUGGAAGAUUGUACAGUUCUUAUCAACAUCAAUCAAUUCUAAAGGACAGAAAGCUGCUGAGUGUGUUGAUGGAAGUCAUUUCGCAACCAUACAAUUAUUUCAAAUACGCCAACGUGUCUCACACAAUGAUGCCGACUUCCUUUAUACAGUUGCUUACAGAGAAAGUCCAGCGAUUCUUUUCCACUUGAGGAAUAAUCAAUCUGUUCUGGCCAUCAGAUCCACAAACAAUGUAGGCAUGAGCUGACCAAACAAAUCCACACUGAAGAUUUGACAGUAUCUGUUCUUAACCUUUAUACUGCUGUCUUGUGCUUUUUGAUUUUUAGUCUCGAUUCAGAUCACAUAUCAAGGAGAGAUUGAAAGGUAUUUGUAUAUGGAUCAUUGUAACUUAGAUUAUUUGAUGCAAUUGCAUCGAAGACGGAAGAGCCUGCAAUUGCAGGCGUUGUUUGUUGUUUAUGUACAUUGUAAAUGCUCAUUACAUGCCAAAUUAGUAUUUAUUUUGUACUCUAAAGUAUUCUUUGAUAGACUUUUUUUACAAUUGUUUUCAUGUUCACACAGCAUAGACAAUGGACAUGAUAUUUGCUUAUGAAUAUAUUAUCUCGUAUCGUUGUUUCCUUUCAACAAUUUAUUUCAUGCUUUAUUGCUUGAAAAUUAAUGCUUCUUUAAAACGCUUUGACUUACUAAGAAAUAUUGUCUUACUUUAAAGCCUUCAUGAAAAAUAACAGCUAGUAAAAACUACCUACAUGUUUUUAUUUAAUCUACCGAGAAAAAUGUUAUCAUAUACAUGUGUAUUUAAUUUAUAUCAUAAGAAUAAUUGUUAUCCAUAAUAAUUAUACAGCUGAUUUUAUAUGAUUAUACUAUUGAAAGAGAUGAAUUUAUAAUUAGGAAAAUUGAAAAUAUCUGAAAAACACACUAUGUGGAUUACAUGUUUUCAUCGAGUUCGGGAUUCUGAACAAUUGAGCGUGAAAAUAUGUAUAUUGAAGAAUAAUAAUCACGUGUAACCACGUGAUUUUUUUUAUGUUUGUGCCAGCCAUUUUGUGAUUGUGAUUAAUCGAAUAUUAAUUGUAAAGCUCUGUUAACAAUAAAUAAAGAAUUUGAGGUUUUGUA